GAAUUAGUUUGCUUUUAGCUGAUCAGCGAACGGUUGAGCCAUGGAUUUAUACAGAUUUUUGCUGCUGUAUCUGGGAUUUAUUUCGAUGUCUAACGUUGUGUUUGCGAUUUGCAUUCCACCCAAUCACUGCAUUGAAGAUAUGGAGGACGCAGAUGCCAAAGAGCGAUUCGACUACGUACUGGGCAAAUAUGAGGAGCUGGAAAUGAAAAUUCCCGGAAAGCCAGUUGGUUUGCAUGGCAAAGUGGUUACGCAUGGCGAGGCGGAGGAGCAGCACUUGGUGUUCCAGUACAUGGACAACACGCUGCAUGACAUCAUCCAGACGUGUGCGUUUGUGGUCAGCCGGACUCCCGGCGAGUGCGAGAUCAUCCGGACCUACUGCUCGGCCUUCCUGGGCCGCCUGCCACGCCCCCUGCUGGAGCGCCAGCCCAUCGCCGUUUGUGAGGAUGGGGUGCGGGUGGCAGAGGAGGAAGCGGAACCGGAAGCGGAAGACAUCCCGGAUGCGGAUGCCCAGGUGGAGCAGGAGCAGGGAGUUGGUCAAACGGAGACCACAACAUCGGAGCCAGCCAACUCCAAAUUAAGAGAGUUCUACUGAUGUGAAAGUUAUCAAACAGGGGAUUAUCCCCCUUCUGCAUUUGACACCCACUUCAUUUAGUUUGCAUAAAGUGGCUGAGAUUAACUCUCCUUAACAGGAAAUUGGUUUUGGUGCGGACUUUUAAUUAGAUAGCUCUAAAAACAUUUAACGCUUCAGCACCGUACUUUGUAUUUUACUACAUUGAUCCAUAAAUACUUUGUAAACAGACUAAUAUUUAAUGUUUGCGAUUAUACUUAUCUAUUUUUUUUGAAGAGUUGAGAUAUCUUAAAAAUAAUAAUAAUAAUAAAAAAAUCGUAACUUA